AUGACAGUCCCGCAAUGGACGAUCACAGACUUCACUCAUCGGGAGUCGUGGUGGAAGAAUCGCGGCAUUCUGAUGCUAAACAUCUGUUUAAUAUUACCGCUUUUAUCAUCAACGCUUAAUGGCCUUGAUUCGUCAAUGAUAAACGAUCUACAGAUCUUGCCCGGAUGGCAAGAGUACUUCCAAACACCAGAGGGCAUGAACUUGGGAUUCAUCAAUUCCGCACAUGGCAUUGGCAUCCUCAGCGGGACUCCAUUUUCUCCUUAUAUAUCCGACCGAUUAGGACGACGAGCAACCAUGUUCAUCGGGGCGAUCGUCAUGCUAGCUGGUGUUCUCACGCAAGCAUCAUCCACGACCUUGCAAGUCUUCCUUGGCGCUCGCGUGCUCAUCGGCUUAGGGAUAGCUUUCUCCAUCAAUGCUGCUCCCUUGCUCAUCAGCGAAGUUAGCUAUCCAACCCAUCGCGGGAAAAUGACCGCUCUGUAUAAUUCAUUGUGGUAUUCUGGCAGCAUCAUCUCGGCUUGGAUCUGCCUGGGUGCUUAUGACGAAGCGGGGACGUCAUCAUGGUCUUGGAGGGCCCCUUCAUUCGUUCAAGCAGUUAUUCCUGUCAUCCAAAUGGUGCUAAUAUGGUUCAUCCCAGAGAGCCCUCGAUUUCUAAUGGCUAGAGGCUUGGAAUCACAAGCUGCGCGUGUCCUCGCCCACUACCAUGCAAAUGGGGGAGACGAACGCGACCCUCUAGUAUUGUUCGAGAUGGCUCAAAUCCGACAUGCUUUGAACCUCGAACGAGAGUUUACCUCCGGUAAAUCCUACUUGAGGUGCUUCGCGACCCAAGGCAACAGACAGCGCAUGUUUACCAUUAUAUGGAUCGCAAUCUUCUCGCAGUGGAGCGGCAAUGGUCUGGUAUCAUAUUAUAUCAACAUAGUCUUGGAUGGGGUCGGGAUCACUGCGACUCGAACGAAAACAGGUAUUAACGGCGGUCUGCAGAUUUGCAAUUUAGCCAGUGCGCUAUUGGGCAUGAUGAUGGUGGACAAGUUGGGGAGGAGGAAGGUUUUCUUGAUUUCAAAUAUUGGCAUGCUGAUUGCCUUCUCUAUGUGGACGGUCACGACCGCUGUUUUUAGCCAGUCCGGGAAUGUGGUAGCUGCGAGAGGCAUGUUUGAAACCAUGCAUAUACGCACUACCGUGCCGCUCAUUUUUGUGUACUUUUUUUUCUACGAUUUUGCGUAUACGUCGAUGCUUGUGUUGUACACGCUUGAGAUUUUGCCUUAUAAUAUUCGUGCCAAGGGGUUUGCGAUUAUGAACCUUGCUGUCUACUCAACCAAUGCAUUCAACUCCCUGGUCAAUCCAUGGGCGCUGAACGUCAUGGGGUGGAAAUACUACCUCAUUUACUGCGGAUUACUUAUGUUGGAACUAUUAUUCGUGAUGGUGUGUAUCGUCGAGACGAGAGGUCGCACUCUUGAAGAAACCGCUGCGUUGUUUGACGGCCACAAAGUCCGUCGGGGUAUCAUGGAACGGACUGAUCAAGCCGCCAUGUCUUUGGCCAGAAUGUCUCCAUACCCUCGACUCCAGGAAAGUCGUGUAGCAGUGCAGACCUUUAGUUCUGCUUCGCCAUCAAAUUUCGAAUCGCAGUCUGAAGAAUCUGCGGUUGCGUUUUCCACAUAAAUUUACCAUCACCGUUCAGGAUCAUUGUAUGUAACAAAAGCUCUCAAAUGUUGCAGAGUUGUAUGUAUGCAUGUUUGGAGGUGGUUGGUCGAUCAUGCAGAGAAAGAGCGGUUGCAAUUGUUUUUUCAUUGGGUUUCCAUGCGAUUGCUUAUUCCCUCUCCUUUGCCGCCUCCAACUACGACAUGAUGCCCCACUAACUAAGGUACAGGCGAUUGCUGAUCGGUGACAGAUUACCACUGGAGAUUGAUGCAACACAGAUUAGCUACAAAUGGGUUUGUCCGUUUCCCAUAUGUUUUAUUAAAUCAAUCAAAACAGGAACGAAGUACGGAUAUCGUCCCUAUCGUGCUCAUUCGGCCUUAGUGCUGGAAUGGUAGUACCUAUCUGGCACGAACACCAUCGUCAUAUAUACCGCGAGAGAAAACGGUUGACGACGCACGCCACAGGUGACAGGAUAGGGGGGCUUGGCUUGAACAUU